AUGUUUGAGAUAUUGUUCGGUUGGUCCAAAGCUUCUAAAUGUAAAAGUACUAUUAAGAAAGCCAUAUGCAGAAUCAAAUUUCUCAAGAACAAGAGACAAACAAUAGUUAAGCAACUACGAAAUGAUUUGGCUGAGUUAAUACAACGUGGUCAUGAAGAAGCUGCUCUUAAUCGGGUUGAGCAGUUAAUAAAAGAUGAAAGCUUGGCAGAUGCAUAUGAAUUGAUUGAAAAAAAUUGUGAAUUUAUUCUGACGCAGCUCUCCUAUAUUCGAAAGCACAAGGACUGUCCAAAUGAUAUAAAAGUAGCAAUUUCUAGUCUUAUAUUUGCAUCUGCAAGAUGUGGGAAUAUUCCGGAGCUUUCUGUUAUCAGGAAAUUGUUUGGAAAAAGAUAUGGUGAGAAAUUUGCAAAGGUGGCGGUUGAGUUAUUUCCUGGAAAUCUUGUUAACAAGCAGUUAGCAGAGAAUUUAUCAGAGAAAUAUGUGACCGAGGAUUUGAAGUACGCAAUGGUGAAUAAAAUAGCUAGGGAUAAUAACUGUCUCGAACAAAAUGUUUUAGCCAUAGAAUAUUACCCUGAUUGGCAACAAGUGCAGCAUAUAGAAAACAAAGGGUAUCAACUAGUGGAAAAUGAUCCCAAAAUAAAUGCCUCAAUUUCGGAAUCUAAGGUCCAUCCUUCAGAGACUCUUGACAUAGAAAGAGAUGUCAAAUGUGUUCGUUCAUCACUUAUUUCCAAACCAUGUGACUCUUCUUGCAAUACUCUUCCUAAUUCAGCCUUCGCUGUUGAUUCUUCGGCUAUAAUGUCGAUUGUUCCACAAUAUCCUCAAUAUAUUCUAAGCUAUCCUAUGCAAGAUAAAUUUGAGAAAAUAGUUGAGGUAGACUUUCCUAAGCUAUUUUCUUCAAAAAUGGUAGAUUAUGUUGAUGAGGUUGAGGAAUAUCAAUUUUCUUUACCAAAAUACGGUGCCUGCCACGACGAUAUGCUAUUGAAUUUCAAUUCUUUUCGUCUUUCUGGUAGAGAAAGAGCUCGAUAUGGAUUUGAUGAAAGUGAUAUAGAUCAAGAGGAUUCGAUGUGUGAGUCGUUAACCACAAUGACCUCAAGAAGGAGUAAAAGAACUCCUAGGAAAAGAUCAAAAAGAAGACCAUCCUCCAUAAAAAAUGUAGGCAUUAUUGAUAUUGGACACAUGGUUUAUUAUCAAAAGCCAUGCAGAAAAAAUCAGAAGAAACUGAUGCGAAGUACGAAAAAAAAUUUACAAUCAGAUCAGAACAAAGAUAGCAACAAACCAAGGUUGUGUCUAGCAGAAGAUGAAGAGACUAGUCUUCUACAACAUAGCGAAGUAGGAUUCGAAUCUCGGCUUGAAGAGUUACCGUGCCACGAACAGGAUAAUCUCACGACGACGAAUGAAUCCGCGGAAAACCAGAUAAAGAGUGAAGAUAGCACAAGGAGAAUAAACUUCCACAGAAAAAUCAAAGGAUGCAGCUUGGACAAACCUUGUUAUUAUUACCUUUAUGAUGAUAACAAAGACUCUCUGGAAACUCAACCUCUGAUAGAAGCUACAUCACAUGUUGAACAAGAUUGUAUGCAUGAUGAAUGUUGUCCUUGUAGACCAUUUUGUGAAGAUGGUGAUAAUGGAAACAAUGAAACAAAAGAAGAGAUUAUUGCCAGCUUCAGUGUUUCAGAUCCAAAGAUUAAUGGUUCUUUAACGAGAAAAGAAACAGAAGUUCAUUAUUCAAGGGCCAUGACAAUGCCACAGGAGAGACAUAUAAAAGGGAAAGAUAUGUUAAGGACAUAUUCAUGUCAACAAUAUCCAAAUCAUGUUCAUCCUAAGUUGCCAGAUUAUGAAGACAUAGCUGUCAAGUUCACUGCUCUCAAGAGAGACCACCUGCAAAAUAAAACUACCUUAGAAAGUAGAGAGGCAUAUACACAAGAUUAA